AUGGCAACUCCGCCAUCAUCAUCAGCACCAUCGUCAAAAUCGUCAAAGGGAUGGAUAAGCAAUAUCUCUUCAAUAGCCGCUCGCGUCUACUUCUUCCUAAUCAUUCUCCAGAUCCCGCUUUUCAGAGUUCCAUGCAGAUCUGGCAUGUGUACCACACCAUUGCAUGUCACUUCUUCUCAAUUGAUUGCAAGUGAAAUCUUUCCUAUUCCUGUGGUAAAAGCCCUUCUCUUCCCUGGGGCUGUUGCAAAUGGACUUGUAAGGAACAUGACUGUUCCAAGCUGGAAUAACGUAUUAGACAUCUAUAACUUGACCAAUGCAAAGGAAUCCCCUGCAGUUACUGACCUCCAGCGCUUAGAGGUUCUAGCAGGAAGCUACUUUGCUGUGGCUGGAGCCCUUGUGGGUCUUCUAAAACGAGGGAGGAUGAGCAUGUUUGGGACACUUCUAAUGCUUUGGGGCCUCAUCAAAGAAGGGAUCCUUGGAAAGCCUGUGAACACAGAUCCUACGAAAGCUGUGUUUGUCUACCCAACUAUGCUCAUUGCCGUAAUCGCUGCCUUCUCAUCUGUAAAGUAUGAUGUUAAGAAGGUUGUUAGAAGUGCACCUGCUAGGCCCAUUGCAAAGCCUCUUCAGAGGUCUUCAAAAUCUAAGCUCAAAUGA